AUGGAUCCUCCCGGCUUCCUGGCGCCAGUGCAGCGUUUCCACGCCAGGUCAGAUUUCAGUGACUUUGUUGUCAAGACCAAGGAACGAGACUUUCUGCUCCAUCGGGUUGUCAUGUGCUCGCAAUCUGAAUACUUUGAAAAGAUUUGCACAUCAAACUUCCAGGUGACGCCGGACGAGCUGUCAGAGCAGAUGGCGAACCUGACUGGAUUCCUCGGUGCCAUUGAAAAAGCUGCCGUGCAGCAAGAGACCGGGCCAUGUGGUCCGGAGCACGGCGUGGGAUACACCCUCGCCAACUGGUACUGGGACAGCCAUCGUGCGGGCGUCCAUGAUCGUCAAGGAUACGCAGACGUCACGCAGGCGGCUGCUCAGCACGCCAUGAUUACAUCGGCGCAGAUGUACAUCAUGGGAGAAAGAUUUCUGAUACCGGGACUGAAGGUGCUUGCUCUGAAGCACUUCGGAGCGGCUGUCACCAUCGUCGAGGUACAAAGGGCCGGCUACACCAGAGUACAAUGGGGCGCACCGUGGAAAUGGGACUUCGGCGUUCUUUCAGGCCUUGUGGACAAUGUCUACAGCAACACGACGCAGAAUGAUCUCGCGUUCAAGGAGCCUCUCUGCCGCUUCCUGGCACCUCUGCUCAUGAAAGGUGUUACCGAGAACAAGAAAGAUAUGCGCUUCUUCCAGGCCGUGAUGACAAACCACUGGGACUUUACCAGAGGGUUGAUGAGGUACUCCUCAAUGACCACGAUUCAAAAUCCUAGCCGCUUUCUUUGGGACGCCAAGUACGAUCAAAGUCUACCGCCUGAUCUUAGCAUCGACGGAUACUGUCCGCAGUGCGGAAGGGACACCGACCAUGGCCCUAAAAACUGUGAAGCUUCUAAAGAAGCGUGUGAGGUUCAUACCGAAUCCUCUUUGGUUCAUCCAGGAUGGGGUGACGUUUAUGUAUGGAGUGACUGGAGAGAUGCAAUCCACUGGACAUGCUUGGACUGCCUGAACAAGUUUUGUCCCAAUCAGAAAUACAACUUCACGAAGCCAAAAACCCUCGAGUGGAUGCGCGCCGAGCGUGAGGCCAUUGCUGAAGAAUGUCGGGAAGAUUAG